AUGCUAACGAUAGUAAAAGAUAUUGAAUUAAAUAUAAAAAUUCAAGAUCAUAAACAGGAAAUAUUAUUUUAUUUUUGUCAAGUAUUAUUGGGCGUUCAUUAUAUUCAUAAAUUAGAUAUUAUCCAUAGAGAUUUAAAAGCAGAGAACAUUUUAUUGACUGGAAAAAACGGCGUUCUAGUAAAAAUUGGCGACUUUGGUAUUUCAAAAAUGUUGGCGAGCGCAAAAAAAACCUCUACUGUUAUUGGUACGCCUUAUUAUUUGGCCCCAGAAUUAUGUGAAGGAAAACCAUAUGAUACAAAGAGCGAUGUUUGGGCUUUAGGCUGUUUGCUUUACGAAAUGUGUACACACAAAAGGGCUUUUGAAUCAGAGACACUUGUCGGCUUAGUCAAGGCUAUAACAAGUGGAAGUGUUCACCCAAUCGAUUUGACUGUCUAUGAGAGAGGCAUUCAGGAUCUUAUAGACUCAAUGUUAUCUAUUUUAGCAGACAAACGACCGACAAUAAAAGAGCUAAUAGGCAAAAAGAUUAUCUUACAAAUGAUCUACACUGUAUAUUUAGAUGCUGGCAAUGAUGAUUUAUUGAAUUUGAAAUUUAAUAAUUUG